AUGCAUGAUUUUUAAUACUAAAAUAAAAACGUUUGGCAGACAGGAUAGAAUCAACAUGGCAGUUUAUUUAUGUCCCUGUUCUCAUGAACAUCAGGGGGCUUUUGAGAAGCAUUUGAGAACAUUGGCAAUUUUAUGUUAAUUCAUGUUUGUUCUGCCCCUCCAUGCCUUAAUCUUUCUGUUACUCUCUCUCUGUUCUUCCUUACUCUCUCUCUGUUCUUCAUUACUCUCUCUCUGUUCUUCCUUAUUCACCAAACCCAUCCAAGGCAUUCAGGCAUAUUAAUUACUUCCUGAAAUACGUGACUCAAGUGUUUGUUCCACCAGCAGUGGGAUAGUAGCACGUCCACAUUGUCCUUUGAGAAUGAGAAGUCAUUCUGGGGCACCGCUCUUCCCACGCUCCGGGCCCACACACACAGCUCCACUCCAUCAAAGGAGCCCCGCUGCCUGCCCACCCACCCGGGGUGCUUUCUGGCUUGCAGUCCUCUUGGCAGACAUGAGGCAACGAUUGCUCCCGUUCUUCACCAGCCUUCUCCUUGUGGCUCUGCUGUUUCCAGGAUUGUCCCAAGCCAGACAUGUUAACCACUCAGCCACCGAGGCUCUCAGAGAACUCCGGGAAGGAGCCACUGGGCAAGGCACAAACGGGUCUCAGCUGCUACGCCACCCAGGGAAACGGGCCCCCAUAAUACGGCGCAUCCCCUAUUACCCAGAAGUUGAAUCAGAUUUAAGAAUUGUCGACUGCAAGAGAAGUGAAGGCUUCUGUCAAGAAUACUGUAAUUAUCUGGAAACGCAAGCAAAGACAUUCUGUUGUAGACUCAAGUUGCACCCAGAAACUCACAGAUUUAACAGAAGAAAGCACUUCCUGGGCAGUAAGAUGAUAAGACUCCUUGUUUGUAUAGUGAUGAGUAAAAAAUAAAUAAAAAAAUUUUUUAAAGAUGAUAUGACAUUAAAGCAUGUUACCCAGAGAGAUUUUGGAGCCUAUCUGGGAUUCAUAA